CAUAAAAUCUGAGCAUGCUUGCAAUCAAACUGAAUCAGUUUUUUAACUCGUGCUCUUUGAAUCGAAUUGUUCGAAAGAACCGAUUCGAAGGUAUGACUCGUGGUUCACAGUGCACGCGCCACUCCAACGACUCGCGCCAAAACGAAUUCCUCGCAAUAAUGAACAAAAAUGUUGUGAGACACUGAAGACUUAAUAUAAAUUAAAAUCACAGACACGCCUUAAAACACUAAAUAAGCGCUUCCACUUAACACCUUUUCACUUCAUUGACGUCAUUUCGUACUGCUCUCACUCAGUGAUUUGUCAAGAUGCGGAGGAAUGAAAACCAGAGACCAAACGCAGGUUGUCUCUCCGUGCCUCUGUUUAAUCAAAGGAAGAGGAGCAGGCUGCCUUUGAUGUCCAAUCCUUCAGAGAGUGAGCUCUUCACUACCAGCCACUACAAUGAGACACAAACCUCCUCCUCUUCCUCCGCUGCUCUUCCCUCUUUAGGUCAGAGUGGUCAGUGGAACCAGCGAACCUAUCUUUCGUCACAGCAAGGCAGCAUGAGAUCUGCUCCUUCACCUGGUGUGGUGGGACGAGGAUAUGCACCUUUACCUCACCCAAAAAAACCUGCCUGUGUCUGGUCACAGACAGGGCAACAGAGGUCUCCAGUGAGGCAGGAUUCGAUGCCAGCAGUUGGAUCCCAGCUUCAUGGUGGCUCUCCAAGGAGCAGCUCAGUUUCGCUCAGCCAGCCCAGAUGGUCCAGCAGUAUCCACAAUCAACAGUCCCCCAGACUUCUGUACUCUUCCCAGCAGUGUACCCCCACAGCAGGAAUCACCCAAGGCCCUGGAUCUCAGAGUCACAGUGGAAAGUGGAACUUCAGACCUGUUGGACAGUCAGCCAGUGGAAUGUGGGCAAAAGAAAAGAUGGGCACCUUAAGUGUCCGGACCACCCCUCAGCGGCAGAAGCCCCCUCGAGAGACAUCACUGCGUGUUAUUACUGCUGUUAUUGAAGGCAUGAAGUACUGGAGUCAGUACAAGAGCAGAGUACCAAUGCUGUUUGAGAUGUUUGCUACACUGGACUCUGCAGUUACUGUUGGAGAAUACGGAGCAAAGAAAUUUCUCAUGAGGCAUGGAAAAGAGGUGGUCCACUGCCUUUACUAUGAGAAUGAUCAGACACUGCCCAGAUUGAUCAGAGGUCAGGCGCAUCGCUGCGUUGGAAACUUCCACAGAGAAAAGGACAUAAUGACCUGUGUGUCAGUCCGAGCUGCUUCACUGUCAGAGCAAAGGAAUGCCCUGGAGGCUGUGAGAGCAUCAGAUGCAGAGAUGAGGGAUGUGGUGCUGGCUCUCAGUGAAAUGUGAUGUGGAUCGAGUGAGUAACAUGAGAAACAUUAAACUAGCACAGACUUAUACUUAA